AUGGGCAUGAAAGCACGCUGUCAAUGCGGCAAGAUUCAAUUCACAACACCCACAGACAAGCCACUCAAACUCUGGAUCUGCCACUGUACGGAAUGCCAGCACCAAAGCUCCUCCGCCUUCGGCAUCACUGCAACAUUUCCAUACUUCGAGCUACCCACUGAAAUCGCCGCUCUAGCAAGCAGCUAUACACGAACUACCAUCAAGGGCCGGGACAUGGAGUGUCUUUUCUGCAAAAAUUGUGGCGCGCGACUUUUCCAUCGAUUCAGAGAUGUCGUUCCCGAACCAGGCGAGCAGCCGCAUUUCUCUGCAAUUACCAAUGUGAAAGGCGGCUGUUUGGAAGAUCUCAACAAAGAGAUGCUACGGACUGCAGUGCAUAUUUGGUGCGAAGAGGCGAUUAUUGAUAUCCCAGAUGGCGUGGAGAAAUGGGAUCAGGGACCGCCUCAACCGAAUCCGCUGGUUACUUGA